AUGGAUUCAUUUUUGUCAGAACCAACUACACAUACUCAUGCUCCAGAUCCAGAACGUAUUCCCGCAAUUGAAGUUAAGAACCAAGUUAAAAUUAAAGCAGCAACAUCCGACGAAGCGUCAAGCUCUAUUCUACAUUCUUCAUUACGAUUCAUGCCUUUAAGUGCAGUUGGUAGUUUACCAUCAUCCGAUUCAUUAAUGAGAACUAUUCGACGACAGCGUCCUAAACUAUGUUCGGAUCCAAAUACUCGUGUACCUGACAAUUUAAGAAAAACAGAUCGUGGAGAAGAAUUUAUUUUAUACGAAGAUAAUGAAAUGAUCAUUUUUACCACAAAAACGAAUUUAUCUUUAUUAAAAAACUGCAAGCAUUGGUUUAUGGGCGGGACCUUCAAGGUCUGUCCAGAUGAAUUCUAUCAAUUAUUUACAUUACAUGCGUUGUUAAAAUCUGUGAUUAUUCCACUUGUUUAUGGUUUAUUAAUUGGUAAAAACGCCACCGAUUAUACGAAAUUUUUUGGAAAAGUUUUAGAACAAGAUGACUUCGAACCUGCAUCAAUACUUAGUGAUUUCGAAUCCGGCACAAUCAAAACAAUUAAAGAAGUUUUCCCCAAUAUUAUUCAUAGAGGUAAACUAAUUUUUAAACAUAUCUUUUCUAAGAAUGACGAAUAUGUACUUUAGGUUGUCUUUUUCAUUUUGGACAAUGCGUUUGGCGCCAUAUUCAAGACAACGGUUUAUCGAAAAAAUAUCAAGAGGAUGAAUGUUUCCGCUCGAACGUAAGAAAAU